AUGCCUCGAAAGACGCUCCGCAUCCUAUGUUUCGGCGAUUCUCUAACGUCGGGGUAUUUCUGCCAUGGCCUGGAUUCUCAUCCCUACGCGCGCAAGCUCGAAGAUCGGCUUAGAGGGACCUUUCCCGAGGUCAACUUUGAGAUCGACGUUAACGGCGUUCCGGGGGAUGUUGCAUCUUUCAACCGCUUCUACACUAGAAUGGAUACUGCUUGGAAGAAGAAGUCCUACGACUGGACCAUCAUCCUUGGCGGUACCAAUGACAUAGCAUACGGUAUCCCUGCAGAAGACAUAUUCAACGCUCUUAGAGAAGUGUAUGACUUCGUUCUCAGCAGAGAACGAAAAGUCCUUGCCCUCACAGUCCCAGAACGCGAGUCAAAACAUAAGGGCAGCACGGCGUCAAGAAAUGACCUCAACAAGUGUAUCUCAAAGAACAAAGACACAGGCUACUACGCCUUUGACCUUCACUCCAAGAUCCCCUUUCAUUCACUAUCGGAAGAAGAUCGCGGUAGAUACUGGGACGAUGGUCUACAUCUCCGAGACGAAGGCUACGACUGGAUGGGCAAUCACAUCGCCGACGCCCUGAUAGACAUCUUAUGGAGCGAAGGCGCGUUUGAGCAGCCAACUGCAAAGUCUCCAGACUUGAUAGACGGAGACGACGGGUUCUUUUUUGACGAGGAGGACGGCAACCCGCGCAAAAUCAACGAAGGCUACGUGGUGGUUCGUAAGAAAGAUUUGGACUAG